AUGGGUUCAUUUUGUAGGAGGUCGCACCACCGCCCGCCCGACUUCGCGGACGAUCUAUCCCUGCUGGCCUCGUUUCCCGCGACUUCGAGCCUUACCGCACAGUUCCAAUUUCUCAGAAUGUUCGAGCUAAAGUGGUCCGAAAACUGUCUUCGUCUGUAUGUCUGCGACCUAGCCUUCCCGACGGCAGACACAUCUAGACAGGUGAAAAGUUAUCUUUCCGCGAGGGUUGGGCAGAGAAAGGGCUGGGAAAGGACAUAUGGGGAGAAUCCGCCAUACCUCAAAAAUGAGUGUCUUGAGCCUUGGAUUAUACAGCAAGAUGAAGGAAAGGGCAUUGAUUUCGUUAAAUACAAGCGCCCCGGGCGUCUCUGGACGCAGGAUGAAGUAGAUGGCGUCGCAGAGACUGUUUUUGCAGAGUUUGGCGAAGAAUUUGGCAAGGAAGAAGAAGAAGUACCUGUGGAGCUCCGAGCGGCUGUGAUGAGCUACUUUUGA